GAAGAAGGAUUGAAGCCUCACUUACGUCGGGGUUUGGCCGCAGUGCACUCAACAAACUAUGAUGACUUGGUAGAUAGGGCCAAGAAUAUGGAAAUUGUCUGGAAGGAAACACAAGAUUCAAAAGAUAGAAUACAAAAGAAGAGGAGCAAAGAUGAUGAUACUCAUAGUGGACAGAAUUCUAGCAGGACAGCAAAAUCUCGUAAUAGGUCUGGGCAAUCAGAAAAGCAGGGAUCUUAUGGCGAGACUAUCCAACAAGAGAAGCCUAAAUGUGAAGCAUGUGGAGGCGCCCAUAAGACAGAACUCUGUAGACGAUUGUCCGGCGCUUGUUUCAAAUGUGGACAACAGGGUCAUAGGAUAAAGGAGUGCCCUUAUAAUCAACAAGUAUCACAAUCAGAUCAGAGGCCCCAAGCUACAGGGACCCAACAAGUACAAGCUUAUCCUGCUCCGGUUCAGUCGGCUCAGCCUUCUUCUUCUGAGCAGCGGACAGGGGGGAGACCGCGCACACAGGGUCGUAUUUACGCACUGACUCAGCAGGAUGCUCAGGCAUCCAAUACUGUGGUGUCAGAUCCAGAGGCUUGAUCGCACGGGAUUGGGGAGUGCGUUAGAUUUCCGAUGAUUCCAUUAGUUGUUGGCAUUUCAGUUAGAUUAGUUUGGACAUUUGAAUUAUGUUAGCAAAUGUUAUUUUGAAAUUUUGUAA